CCUGUGUCACUGCAAAGGGCAAAGCCUUCUGAAAUAGCAACAAAGUUGUUCACGAACCACUUUGUGGUUUGCCUUUGGUUUCAGCCAGCUUCAGGAACUUGUUGCCAUGAGGAAAACAACCUGCCCUUUCCUGGCCGGCAGGGGAAGGAGCACGGCGCUGUGAGCGCUCCCGGCCGAGGUGCGAAGGGGCAGGGAUGGUGGCUGGGCAGAGCACGGAGGACCUCAGCCAGCAGAGCCGGACGAUGGGAGCAGGGCAGGAUGCGGAGCGCGGCCGGGGCUGCCGCCGCUCCCGGCUCCCGGCUGCAGCAGGUUGUGGAACAUUCACCUUUCUAUCUUCUGCCAUUGCUGCCAUAAGUGGACUUCUGAUGGGCUAUGAGUUGGGCCUUAUCUCUGGAGCUCUUCUUCAGAUGAGCAGCAUUUUAAAACUCUCUUGCAAAGAGCAGGAAGUCAUUGUAAGUUCCCUGCUUUUUGGGGCCUUAUUUGCAUCCCUUACUGGUGGAUUUCUUAUAGACAGAUUUGGAAGGAGACUUGCUAUUAUUAUUGCAUCUUCUUUACUUGUGCUGGGGAGCCUGAUUUUGCUGCCCUAUGAAUCAUACGAGAUACUCAUUGUGGGCCGGAUUGCCAUAGGUAUUUCCAUAUCAUUAUCAUCAAUUGCAACAUGUGUGUAUAUCGCUGAAAUCGCCCCACAGCACAGAAGAGGCCUCCUUGUGUCAUUAAAUGAACUCAUGAUUGUGAUAGGCAUUCUCUUUGCCUAUAUUUCAAAUUAUGCAUUUGCCAGCAUAUCUCAUGGCUGGAAGUAUAUGUUUGGCCUCGUGAUUCCAUUAGGUACUCUGCAGGCUAUUGCCAUGUACUUCCUUCCUCCAAGCCCUCGGUUCCUUGUGAUGAAAAAUAACGAUGAAGCGGCAAGAAAAGUACUGGAGAGGCUACGGGAAACAUCAGAUGCUACUAAAGAGCUUACUGUGAUUAAGUCUUCCCUGAAAGAUGAACAUCAGUAUAGUUUCUUGGACCUGUUUCGCUCAAAAAACAACAUGAGGGCCCGAAUGCUGGUAGGACUCACUCUAGUGUUUUUUGUGCAAACAACGGGGCAGCCCAACAUUUUAUUUUAUGCAUCGACUGUUUUGAAGUCAGUUGGGUUCCAGAGCAAUGAAGCUGCCAGCUUGGCUUCCACUGGAGUUGGAGUGGUUAAAGUGGUCAGCACAGUCCCAGCUACGUUUUUUGUGGAUCAAGUUGGAAGUAAAACUUUUCUGUGUAUUGGCUCUUCUGUUAUGGCAAUAUCAUUGGUCACUAUGGGCUUAGUGAACCGUAACAUACAUGUGAAUUUCACCAAGGUCUGCAGAAGCCAGUCUCCAGAGGAUUUCUCUCUCCAGAGACCAGGAAACUUUACUGUCGCCAAUGCGAGUCUCAAGGACCUCUUUGCUAGCGUGGCUUCAGCAGAAAGAUUGUCAUUUGAUGUACAAAGCCCAGAUGUUGCCAGGACAGGAGAACUGAACAGGACUGCCCUGGCAGGAGGCAAAAGCACAACAGGGUCUCACAUGGAAAGUGGGGAGGUUCCUGUUGUCCUGAAAUGGCUCUCACUGGCCAGCCUGCUUGUCUAUGUUGCUGCAUUUUCCAUAGGUCUUGGACCAAUGUCCUGGUUGGUCCUGAGUGAAAUUUUCCCUGGUGGGAUCAGAGGACGGGCCAUGGCUUUGACAUCUAGCAUGAACUGGGGUAUAAAUCUCCUCAUCUCCUUGACGUUUUUGACUGUAACUGAGCUCAUUGGCUUGUCCUGGGUGUGCUUCAUUUACACAGCAAUGAGUCUAGCAUCACUGGCUUUUGUUAUCAUGUUUAUACCAGAGACAAAAGGAUGCUCCUUGGAGCAAAUAUCCAUGGAACUAGCUAAACAGAAAUACGUGAGGACGCCCUUGUGCGGGGUGAGCCAGCGCAGAGAGAAACUGGUGGAACUUGCCGAGAGAGAAAAAGAGCAACUCUACUAGACGCGGGGCAAGCAAAGCAGCCUUCACCAAGAGACUGAUUAAACAAAACGAAGAUGCUUUGUGAUGCUCACACUCUUAUGGGGCAUGUGGUAUCGUUAUUAUACACAAGAUAUUAUCUCUUUUAUUUCUUGGUAGUACUUCUUUUAGCGGCAGUUUACAGCCAACAUUAAAGAAUGUUACAGUUUAUGACUAACUGGAAAUCUAGACUCUGUUUUAAACCAACAUCCCUCAGAUCCCCUGAGGUUACUCACCUCUUGCAUACAGGAGGUGAAUGGAAAUUGGAAUAUUGCACACAAAUCUCCUAUUCAUAUUCAACUACAGUUCAGUCUGGAAGAAGUGCAAAGAAGAAUCGGGAUGCCAGGAAGAAGAAAGAGUCUCAACAGGAGGAGCCUACCAAAGACAGGUCUGUUUAGGCUAGCAAAAAUGGGGCUGAAAAGGGUUAACUGUUGGCAAGUUAGGGAAAACAAUGCUAUGGAAAAAAUGCUAUGUUCAAUGCUAUGUCCAAAAAAUGGACAACUAUGGAAUGCAAAAGAUGACAUUAGUGCAGAACUACUGGAUAUAAACUUUUUAUAAAUUAAUUUAGGAUUCAGCUUAACAAGAUCUGAAAAAGGAUCUUGUUCAGAUGAACUUAAUUAUUUAUAACGCAGAGCACAGUCAACUUGUAAGAGGAAUUUUACAUAAAUUUUCUCAGUAGGGCCAGGAUUCAGUGACCUCAGGAAUACCCUUCAGAAAGCAUUGUCAGAUUGUUUAAUGUGGGACACUAAAUGUGUCACUCUCUACAACUCUCUUAACUAACCAGGUGGGGGUAGGCCUGUUCUUCCAGGCAAUCAGUGACAGACUGAGAGGAACUGGCCUCAAGUUGCACCAGGUGAGGUCCAGGCUGGGUAUCUGGAAGAAUUUUUUCACUGAAAGGGCAGUUAAGCACUGGAAUGGGCUGCCCAGUGAGGUGGUGGAGUCAUCCUCUCUAGAAGUGUUCCAGAAUCAACUGGAUGUGGCACUUAGUGCUGUGGUUUAGUUGGCAUGGUGGUAUUUAGUCAAAGACUGAACUCAAUGAUAUUUGAGCUCAUUUCCAACCUUAUGGAUUCUAUAAUAAAGUAAUCUAAACUGAUGAUGGCCUUACAGAAGAGAAAAGAGGAUUUCUUUGGCCUCUCAUUUCCAGGAAAGUUGGAAACUGAAGGUACCAGAGUUGAUGUCAAAAUAAACAGGACACACUAGACUGACUUUUGGAUUCAGAAAGUGAGAAUUGUGGUACAUGGCAGCACACAGAGAAUUCAAGAAGGAAAUGUAAUCACUGCAGAUCAUAAAUUAUGUCCAGUUCUUGGUUAUUGCUUAGCAAGUGUAUCCUAAAGUAUUCAACAAGUCUCUACAAAGGGUUAUUCAUAUGGCUCCCAUAAAAGAACAUUGGUAUUUUUUUCUUAGUGGGUUAAUAGAUGUUGUUAGAGUGAUCAGUAGAUAAAUAUAUAUUAGCAGAUAAAUAAAUGGUUCCUUGUUUAAAGAAAAAAAAAAACCAAAACAGAGCAUGCUUUAAAAGCAUGUUGGCUGUCUCUGUAGCCACAAAGUGGCAUUUCUUCCAGCAUUUCUUUGAGGCAGCUGGAAGACUGACAGAGUCAGCUGGAGUGCAGAUACUAGUGUGAACUAAGCACGUGAUCCCACUUUAUUUGCUGUCUCAUAGCAUUAAAACCACCUGACUAUGUUCUGCACUAAAGGAAAAGUGACUUACUGGCACAAAUAAAGUUUUACUUCUGAGCAAAGCA